AUGGACUCUUCUGAGGAUGCUGAACUUGUGCAGCUGUCCACCCUACCAGGCACCUCAACAGCUGUGGCCAAGGAAUAUACGCUGGAUAUUCCACGAAUACCGAGUGUCGAAUUACCAUUAAACAUAUCCGAAAACCAAGCAAGUGUGUUGAAGGCAAUUAACAUGUGCGGUGGUAUUGAUAAGAUCAAGGAAGCUCUCAAUGAGUAUGGUGAGACGACUGACUCUCAAAAAGGCUUGGAGCUUUACAUGAAUGAAAGUCAAGAUAAUUUAGAUUAUUUUAAUGAACACCCCAUUAUAGGUAAAAAAGUUCCCAACAGAGAUGAAUCUAUUGUUUUAAAAAUACAAAUGCCUAAAGGAACAUUGGCAAACCAUGCAGGCAAUGUGCAGAAAGCUUUAGCAUCUCUCGAUAGUCGUGACGUUCGUAUAAAUCCUGUUGCGAUUAUUAAUAAUACUAUCAAAUUUAGAGAAAUGUCUGACUUUCAAAUACGGCUUGAUAAUGCACCUUCUGCUAAUGAAUUUAAGGAUAGUUUCGGAACUCUGGAUUGGGAUAGUUUCAAAAAAUACGUUAAUUCCGUUCCUGAUAAUGAUCCUAGACCCUUUGAAAAUAUCAGUAAUUUAGUGAUGGACCGCAAUUCAGUUGUCCCAAGUUCAGACUUUCAGUUGCCCCCACCCCCUCGGCUUUCAAUGGUUAGUUUCCCGUUGUUGUAUAGGUACAAGACUAAUCCAUUUGCUACCAAGAAAUCCAGUGGAGCUGUUGAGGUCAAAGGUACAUACAUAAAAAAUCAUCAACAGUUUGUACACGAAAUGGGCGACGAUAUAAAAAUUCCGACGAAGCCCCACGAGCUUGUCGCCAAGGAUUAUGAAGUAGCGCAGAAGAACUUAGUGUGGCCAGGGACAAAAAAGGAGUCGAAAUUUUUUGAAUUAUUACAGAGGUGUCUGGAGACUUUGCAUAAACUCUUCGAUGCUAGGCCUGUAUGGGUAAAAAAGCAUAUUGAUGGAAUUGUUGAUCAAGAGGUACAUCACACACUCAAAAUUGCGUUGGCAUUAAUAUCUUAUAGAUUCACUGUAGGGCCAUGGAGGAAUACAUAUAUAAAACUGGGCCUGGAUCCACGUAGCUCCUCAGAGUACGCAAAAUAUCAAACUGAGUAUUUUAAGAUUGAAAGAAAACUUUUACUCUCAUCAACCAUUCGAAAAAAUAUACCAAGCCCACCCCCGGCUGUGUUCAACUCAAAUAACCCAGGUGAUAUCGAUAGUCGUUUCAAAUUCAAUGGCAAGCAAAUUCCCUGGUAUUUAAUGCUUCAAAUAGAUUUGCUCGUUGAAGAACCGGCUAUAAAGGAGGUAUACGAAAAAGCCGAGUAUUUAACCAAAGCCAAUGAACUUACUGGCUGGUUUACAGAGUUAGAUUUAGCGAAAAUACGAAAAAUAGUAAAGUAUGAGUUAGGAUGUAUGGUUCAGGGAAAUUACAAGUUCAACCAAUACAAACUUAAAUAUUUCAAAACAAUGCUUUAUGUGAAAGAAUCGAUGAUGAAAGCUCAAGGAAAGGAUGCCGACGGAUAUAUAGACAUUAGCGGUUCUGACACAACCAAAAAAGAGUCUGGUCAACGUUUCGCUCGGGAAGAUAGUAAUGUUGAGGAUGAGGAUGAAGAUAAUGGUGUAGAGACGGGUGAGGUUGACGACACUGUUUUAGAAGCUGAGGAAGCGGAUGAUGAUCUUCGAGUAGAGGUGAAUUCAGAUGACGAAGGCGACGAUAUUGCAGAUGACAGCUUUGAUGUCCGAUCAGCCACCUUCCAAGAAAUUAUCAAGCAAAUUGCUAAAUGCGAUCCAGAGAAAGCAAACGUCCUCCAGAAAACGCUUAAUGGCUUUAUCAGCGAAAGUAGCCUGUAA